CUUCCUCGGCUGGGGAGAAGCUCAUCAAAUUAGUCAUCACUCAGGAUAGCGUUUGUCCAUGGUGUUACAUCGGGUGGAAGGAAAUGUCCUAUGCCAUUCGCCUGGCUGAGGAGGCCCAGUUACCCGUCAAGUUCGAAGUCGAGUUUAGACCAUAUAGGUUGGAUUCUUCGCUCUCACCCGACGAACCUGUCGACAGGGAAAUGAGAUUGGUGAAGAAAUUUGGCCCGGAAGGAUACGCAAACGCACGCAGUAUGGCUAACAAACGCGGAGAAGAAAUCGAUAUUAAAUUUAUUUGGAAGGGCGCGAUUCGUCAGACAGGAGACUGUCACCGUCUUCUUCGAUAUGCUUAUUCUCGGUCGUCUGGGUCUAGCCUCGCGUCGGGAGAGAGCAUUAAUGACACCGUUCAGGCACGACUUGCGGACGAAAUAUUUAGAGGGUACUUUGAGGAGGGAGAGGAUAUUGGAGAGUAUGACAAUCUAGCACACUAUGCCGUGAAUGCGGGGUUGUUUGAUACGAUAGCAGAGGCCCUCGAAUUCCUCGCUUCUGAUGCCUGCAGGGAUGAAGUCGAGGACAUGAUCGAACAGUCCCAGGAUCAGGGUAUCACUGGGGUUCCGCAUGCUGUCGUGAACGAUCGCUGGGCGAUUGUUGGUGGGCAGACGGCUGAUACUUAUUAUAAGAUUUUCGAAAAGAUUGCCACCAUCCCUGUUCACUAAAUGCGAAACGUACUCCACAGUCCGAUUUUUUUAUGCACGGUCCGGCUUCCCGUUCUUUCCUCCCCUUCAAUCUUCUUGGCACGGUCUUGGGUUUUUGCUUAUAACUCUUAGCGCUGUUCCCGUCUUUUUCUCAAAUUUCCCAACACAAUCGGGGC